AUGGCCCGACUGAACCGUUCGAAGCUGGACGGUGAUGAUCGGUCUGGUUCGGAUUUGAGCACCGCAGAACCCACCGAGUCGACCCGUCUCCUAGGCGCAUCUGUUGAAGAAAGUAGGAACGAGGCCGUAACAGAAGAUACCAAUGGUGGCUGGGAUGGUCUGGCUGACUUCGAUGGUUUACCCUGGUGGCGCCGACCUUCAGUAUUUUGGUUACUGGCACCAUAUUCGGUUUUCACCCUCGCUUUUGGGAGUGUGAUUGUGCCAAAGUUGAACUUAAUACUGGACCUUGUAUGUCAGCAUUAUUUCGCAAACCAGACACAUUUGCAUCCGGAUCUCAAAGUCGGCCCCAUCCAACUCGGCACCGACAACCCCCAGUGUAGGAAUCCCGAGGUACAGAAACAUGUUGCGACCUUCAUGCUGGUCAUGAACUUCUGUACGGGAUUGCUCAGCGCCUAUGCUGCUCCUCGCCUUGGACACUUAUCCGAUAGAUAUGGUCGUCGGCGACUGCUUGCCUUGGCAUCAUGUGGUGGUUUGCUAGGCGAGCUUAUAACUAUUCUGGCCGCCAAGUUCCCUCAGACUGUCGAUUAUCGUUGGCUGAUCCUUGGAUCCAUCUUCGAUGGCAUGACGGGCUCCUUCACUGCCGGAAACAUCCUCACCCAGUCGUACACCAGUGAUUGCACGCCGCCAUCCAGACGCGCCGUGGCGAUUGGUUAUAUCCAUGCCUGCCUCUUCACCGGCUUGGCAUUGGGCCAACUUCUGGGUGGAGAAAUCGUCAAGUUGACAGGAAGCUUGAUUUCGAUAUUCUACGUCUGCAUCGUGGCUCACUUCAGCUUCAUCGUGUUUGUUGGAUUCGUUAUUCCUGAUUCGUUGUCGAAGAAGAAGCAACUCGCUGCCCGCGAGAAACAUCGUAAGGAGGAGGAGGAGCGCAAAGCUUUGCCCAGACAUUGGUUUUCGUCGCUCCGAGACAGGAAUCCCUUCGCAUCUCUCUCCGUUUUGUGGCCCAAGGAACGAGGGACGUCGACAAGGCUUCGCCUCAACCUAGUGGCUUUGGCCACUUGCGAUAUGAUUAUUAUGGGAAGUGCUAUGGCCGCUGGCCAGGUCAUCAUCCUUUAUGCGGAGUACAUCUUUGACUGGCAUACCCCCGAAGCCUCGCGCUUCAUUUCUGCAGUUUCAAUGGUUCGAGUUGUCGUUCUCAUGGGCAUCUUUCCGGUCAUCAACUAUUUCUUCCGCAUUCGACCAGCUGCCAGAAGAAGACGCGAAUCUGGCAUUACGCCCGUGGACAAGAACAGCGGGGCUGACCACUUGGACAUAUGGAUUCUUCGCACUGCGCUGAUUUCGGAUAUCGCAGGUUAUGUUGGAUACAUCUUUGCCAGAGCUCCUGGUCCUUUCAUUGCCAGCGCAAUGAUAACUGCGUUUGGCGGCCUUGGAAGCGCAACUAGCCAGUCUGUCGUUACAAAGCAUGUUCCCCAGGAUCGAGUCGGUAGAGUUCUCGGUGCUAUUGGCAUGCUUCAGGCUCUAGUCAGAGUCAUUGGGCCCGUAACAUUCAAUGGAAUCUAUGCUGCGACAGUCGGCAGCUACCCGCAGGCAAUUUUCGUCGCUCUCGCUGGUCUGUUCUCAUUGGCGCUUCUCUGCAGUUUUGCAGUGACGCCUUUCGUGCAUUGGCAAGAGGAUGAGUACGAAGAAGAACGGCAGCCAUUGAAUGGCAACGCACCGCAAGCGCUUGGCACGACCACUGACAGCCUUCCGCUUGAUGAGGAUGAAAUUCGAUAUUGA